AUCCUGAUCAGACUGCACCAAUGCACAGGUUGGUCUCAGGAUCCAUGCUGGUCGCAAACACAAUAUGUUGGUUUUGUCAUGAUGCGGCUCAUUUAUGGUCAUGUUGGUUAUAUCAAAGAUUAUUCAUGUGAAAUAAACUAUAAAAGUGACUGCAUUAUACUUGAAAGAUGUAAAGUUAUUGUGACCCACCAUUUACGCUUGGAUAGGCAUACACCUCUAAAACUUAAACAGAUGAUGGAUUGACACACUUAAAUGCUGAUGGAUUAAUUAAUGUCCCAAAUUGAUCAACAUGUGCUACUUUAAUAGAACUUGAGUAAAUAUACUUGUAUCUCUUAUUAAAAUCGACUGUUAGAUACACAAUAUAAUCGUUUAACAUUGACCUUUCAUUAGUAUGGUUUACCAGCAGUGUUACUUAUAUUGCACUGAAAUUAUUCUUCAGUUACACUAGAGAACAUUAAUUUUCACUGUACAGUCAGGUAGGGUUUUUUAUUUCCUUUUUAAAGGUAACUUUCAUUGAAAAAGAACAAUUUUCGUACAAAUAAUUUAUGAAUACAAAUCAGUCACAUGGUCUAUCCUCUCAAAGCAGAUAAUAUUUCAUUUUCUGUUCAAUAAACUUUGUAAAGCCUUAAGACUAUUAGCCUGGAUUACCUGCCCUUUUCUCUGCGUUCAAUACUAAAAAUUUGUAGUACAAAGGGAACCAGACUUUAUUUGUGACUUAUAAUGUCAUGUAACCAGGAAGUAAAUGCACCAACAUGUCUCGACAAAUAUUUGGAUACAUUAUUAUUGAAUGUGUUUUAUGAAGAUUCAUCAGAGACUUUUUUAUUGAUUUAUCAGAUAAACCAUGGCUGUCCAUGGGAAGAAAGCACCGCAUCCAUAUUUGCCCUCUGUCAUUGAUUCUGAUGAAUACCUGGAGGUCUACUGUCAACCAUGUAACAUUGAAGGAGAAAGGAUUCCUGCUCAUGGCUUUUGUACAGACUGCAAUGAGCACCUUUGUGGAACUUGCUUCAAGCUUCAUAAGAAACAUAAACUCUCAAGAAAUCACACCCUUCUAGACAAAGAAAAUAUGCCUAAAAGAAUGCAUGCACCAACAUCUUCAUCUGUUCAUCUGCAUCAGUCUGAUGAACUAACCAAAGCUUGCUUAAAACACCAAAAAGAAAUGAUCAAAUUUUACUGUCAUGACCAUAAAGAGUUGCUAUGUAGUGUUUGUGUUACACUCCAGCAUUCAGCUACAUUAUGCAAAGUCGACUACAUACCCGACAUUUCUGUAGAUAUUACCGACAGUAAAUACUAUAAUGAUAUCCUUAGAAAUUUGGAUAGAGUAACUGAUCUCUGUAAGAAAAUAUCAGAGGAUACAAGAAAGAUAAUAGCAAAAUCUGAAAAAUCUGUGACAGAUGCAUUGGCGGACAUCAGGAAGUUCAGAAAAGAAAUAAAUCAAAGACUUGAUGAAUUAGAAAAUCAAGCAGAAGAUGAUGCUGAAGCCCUUCAAGAAGAGAUCAGAAUUAAUCUAAAGACAGUGGAGAGAAACUGUGAGGAUACAGCCACAUCUUUGAAGACAACUACUGACUUUAUUAAACGUUUGAACGCAACGGGACAAGCAGACAGAUUAUUCAUGGAAUUGAAGAUGACGGAACAAAUGAUCGAAGAAUGCGAAAAGAAAGUUCAACAAGUGCCAUCAUACAAUUAUGAAGAAUAUACCUUUCAAGCAAAUCAUGAUCUUUCAGCCUUUUUAAAGAAUGAUAUGGCAUUUGGUACAUUUUCCAAGAAACCAGCGGAAGAACCAAGUGUUUCAUCAUCUGAUCAUGUAAGAACCAGACAAGCUAAUCUUCAGACCAAAAUUUGUGUAAAGACAUCAGAAGAUAAUGAGAUAUGCAGAAUAUCAGGUAUGACUCUCUUUACUCCAGAUCUUCUUAUCAUCACUGAUAACAGAAACAAAGCUGUUAAAUUAAUUGAUGUCAGAGGUCAUUCUAUUAUACACCAGAUAGAUGUAGAUGGUAAACCUUGUGAUAUUACAGCUAUUAGCAGUACUGAAUUAGCUGUCACACUUCCGGAUCAGAAAUUGAUUCAAUUCAUAUCAGCAUCCACGAGCAGAUUGUCAAUGAAAACUGCUUUAAAGGUUAAUGGAGAGUGUUAUGGUAUUAGUUGUUACAAAGGGAGAUUAGUUGUGUCAUUCUGUAACCCAGCAAAACUCCAAAUCCUUGAUGUCAACGGAACAGUUCUGACAGAUUUCACAGGAGAAAAUAUCUUCAGCAAUCCGGUAUAUGUUAAAGCUUGCAGUGAUUUUAUAUACGUAUCAGACUGGAAGAAGGGAACAAUUACAAGGUUAAACUGGCAGGGUGAUGUGGUUGGUAUCUACAAUGGUAUGGAUUGUCCUUCCGGCUUUACACUGACAAACAAAGGUACACUUUUUGCUUGUGAUUACAGCAAAGAGGUAGUAGAAGAAGUGUCAAGUGACUGCUCUGAAGGAAACAUUCUUAUGAGUGAUUUAAAGAGACUAGAAGCUCUCUGUUGGUGCGGAGAAACAAAUAAACUGUACUUUAGCACUUUUACUGGUGAUAUAAAAUAUGACAACUUUCUUCAAGUUUACAAGUUGUCAUAAAUAUCUAAAUCCUUAUCAUAUACUAUACUGUAUACAUGUUGAACAUAAAAGUAUUUACUUUGUUUGAAAGUGAACAUAAAUUAAAAUACAAAUGUACGUAAUAUGCAUUUACACUCAACAAAUAAUAUGCUGACAACCAUUACAAAACACCAGUAUAUCCAUCAUGAUAUGUACUCAGUAGUAGGAGGUAUGAGCAUUAUGAUAUAUAACAAACAUCAUGGAUUUCAAUCAUCAUGGAACAUUUUAUUAGGGUUGAUCUUGGGCUGUGGUAGAGUUGGUCAAAAUAGAGGCACUGUGUCCGGAUUUAGCGUUUACCGAAGUCAGUAGCGGUUGUGACCCUGUAAUUUGUUAUUACAUCUCUCAGACGCUGUCGCAUGGACCUCACUUAGUGUUGAAUUGUUGGUAUAGUGAUGUUCUGCCAGUCCUGGCUCACACGUUUUGCAGUUGCUGUGGACGACAUGUAAGUCUCAAUCGGAGCUUAUCUCACAUGUGCUUGAUGCACUUCAUAUCGAUGUACACCGCAGGCCACUCAAGAAUGUAGAAUUGUGCAGACAAAUUACCUUAAAUCAAAGCAAACUCCAAACGAAAGUCAUGUCCAAUGACUCCCUAAACUGAUCACACUACAAUACAGGCGUACAUCGGUACAAACUCUACCUUCGCCUAAAGACUUUUGUUAUAUUUUCAAACAGCCGUUUAUAUAGGGCCAUAUAACCUGUCAAAAUUCUUUAUAACUAAUAAAAUAACAUUUAAGUUAAUUUUUAUUUUUUUGCUAAACCUAGUGAUUUUUUGUGAUUACAAUUGUUCUUGUGAAUUCAUAUUGUCUGAUUCAUAAAUUAUGUCCAAAAUUAAAAAUA